AUUUUUAUGUGAUUUCAAGUUGUAUUCAUUGUGGUGCUAUUAUUUAGCAAAAAUACAAAAUGGAAAACACGAUUGUAGGAUGGAAACGUUAUAUACUUGUACAACCAUCCAUGAUGAUGUUAAUAAUUGCUCAGGCAAUAACAAGUAAUGUUUUAACAGAUUUAAUAGUGUAUCGCACUUGUAGUAUAACAUUAAGCAUAAAUAAAACAGAAUGUUCAUUAUUACACAACAAUAGUAGUUCUGCAGAAGCUUUGAAAAUAGAUGCUCAAGUUCAACCCAAAGCAAGCUUAAUUUUAAUGACAAAAUCAAUUAUUGAAAGUAUUGUACCUGCUUUGUUGUCUUUGUUUCUGGGCCCAUGGAGUGACAUAUAUGGGAGGAAGUCUAUUAUGUUGUCUGGAUAUAUUGGUAUAUCAUUAACAUAUAUCAUUCUCUCCCUUGUAACAAUUUGGGAUAUCGAUCCAUGGUUUUUAUUAAUUGCAUAUAUUCCAUAUGCAUGUUGUGGAGGAUUUUGCAUAAUUUUAUUAAGUACUAUUUGUUAUCUCACUGAUAUAUCAAACGAGCAGGAAAGAGGAUGGCAAUUAGCUUGGCUGGAAGCUUUAAUAUCUAUUGGUAUUUUAGCUGGCAUAUUAGCUGGUCCCAUUAUUUUUCAAGCAUAUGGAUACACAGUUGUAUUUAUUAUUGCUACUGUAUGUUGCAUUGUAGCAGGAUUCUAUGUUUAUAUUUUUGUUCCUGAGAUUACACACAGCACAGAUUCAGUAACUAUAAAAAGUUUGUUCGAUAUACAUUUGGUCAAAAAACUUAUAAGUACUUGUAUUAAAAAACGAAACGGCUUUGAUCGAUAUAUAGUUUGGUGUUGUAUAACUUGCAUUAUUUUAAUGAUUAUUGCUUUACAAGGAGAUAUGACAGUUGGCUUUUUAUUUGCAAGCGCUAGACUUGGUUGGAAUGUAAGCGAAUAUUCCAUUUAUUCGGCUACAAGUAUUGUACUUUCAAUUCUUGGUAUAAUAGUUGGAGUAAAAUUAUUGGUGACAUAUGGAGGAUUUUCUGAAGAAAUGACAGCUAUACUGUCAUUACUGUCUUCCUUGGGUAGUUGUUUGGUACAAAGUUUUACACUGAAAUCUUGGCACUUGUACCUGUCUGCAGUUGUAGGAAUGUUUGGUAGUAUUGCUAGUCCUAUGAUUCGUACUAUAAUAUCCAAAUCAGUGCCAUCAGAGGAUACUGGUAAAAUAUUUUCCAUGACUAUAUCUAUUGAAACAUUAACUCCAUUAGUGGCAUCUUCUUUGUACAAUUUGAUUUAUUUACAUUUUAUGCCACCUAUAUAUCCAUCACCAGUUUGGUUAAUUUCUGUAGGAAUUUAUGCUAUUGUGAUAUUUGUUUUAAUAAAUAUACGAAUUCAAAACGCAAGACCUAAUUCUGUAAGAUAUACAUCAUUGAAACAAGAUGAUGAAUUAUUAUCAUAAAUUUUGAUAAAUAUCUAUUUUAAAGAAAUGUUACAGUAAGCAUACAAUUAUAAUGGAAGAUUUUAGUCUUUUUUAGUACAAAUGUUCGUAACUAUACAUAUAAUUAAUAUAAUUUUUAUAUA